CUCCGCCCCCACGCCCGUUCUCGCUCCCUCCCCACCUCUGCCCGCUCUCGCGGGAUCCGUGCCCGGAAGUGGUAACUGCGGGUCGAACCGGCGCUGAGGGGUCUGCCCGCCAUGGAGGCGCCGCGGUCGGUGCUGCUGCUCCUGGGGCUCCUGGGGCUCCUGCUGCUCCUGGGGCUCCGCGCGGCGGCAGAAACCCCGCAAAUGCAUACCGGCAAAUCUUCCACAGCGCCUGAGGCAGCCGAGACCCCUGGAGCAGCUGACAACCAGGAACACACGAGCCUAGAGAACAAAAACGAGGGGAAGGAUAACUCCAACAAUGGCGACUCCCAAACACAUCUGAGUGAAAGGACCAGGGUGGAUGAUGAGCAGAAGACAAACGAGGGGCAGAAGGACAGCAGUCUGACUGGAAAUGGUGGCAAUGAGAAGAGGAAUAAUGAGUCACAGAAAGGCAGCAGUGCAGGGGCUGCUCAGAAUGGCCAAGGUGCAAAUGAGUCUGGUGAAAGCAGCAGUGCUGUAGGUGGGGGACAGGGAGAUAAAGGCCAGAACAGCAGCAAAGGUAGCCCAGGCAGCAUAGGCAGUGGUGACCAGGGCAGUACAGGGACCAGCACUAGUGGCCAGGGCAACCCAAGCAGCGACACUGGUGGCCAGGGCAGCCCAAGCAGCGACACUGUUGUCCAGGGCAGUACAGGAACCAGCACUGGUGGCCAGGGCAGCCCAAGCAGUGACACUAGUGGCCAGGGCAGUACAGGCACCAGCACUAGUCGCCAGGGCAGCACAGACACCAGCACUGGUGGCCAGAUUGGCAGCCACAACAGCAACAAUGAGCAGAGCAAAGACCAGAACAGCAAUGUAAACCAGAACAGCCAGGAUGGUAGCCAGGCAGGCAGCCCUGGGAAGGAGGCCACUAAGGAGAACAGCAGUGAGAAAAACAAGGCUGGCACUGGCAAGAGCAGCAAUGACAAGGGCAGUGAAAACACAAAUGGCAGCAACACUCAGGACAGCACGAACAAUGACCAGGGCAGCAGUGACAUGAACAGGGCUGGCACCCAGGGCAGUGAGGCCAGGAAUGGGCACACAAAUGGGGGUACCAGCCAAGGCAGCAGCAGUGGGCAGCAGGCCCAGCCUGAGAGCCAGGGCACUGCUGGUGGAAAGCAGCCUCAGAGCCAGGACAAUCCAGAGAACUCCCAGGAGGACCAAAGCCCCGUGGCACACUCCACUGUGGAGGGCGACAGCUUUCUGGAAAAUGAAGAAAACACCGCAGAGGACCUGGCCGAUGCUGAGGAGGGCAGGGACACCUCUUUGGGUCAGGACAGAGAGAAGAGUGUUCCCUCCCUGCCCAGGGCCCACUCAGAGAGCAGCCACUUCUUUGCCUACCUGGUGACCACAGCUGUCAUCAUCGCAGCCCUGUACGUGGCCUACCACAACAAACGGAAGAUUAUUGCUUUUGCUCUGGAAGGGAAAAGAUCAAAAACUGGUCGACGGCCCAAAUCUGGUGAUUAUCAGAGACUGGAUCAAAAGAUCUAGAUUCCUCCUCUUCAGAUGAUGACGGAUGCUGAUGGGAAUGCAGUGCUGCCACAGUUGGAUUUUAAUCCAUGGGAAGGAGGGAAAAUGCUUUUUUUUUUGCACCUGCACCUUGAUAAAACCUCUCACAUCCCUAAAUUGC